UCUUCCUGGUAAGAUGGCGGUGAAUUUAGCGUGUGGUCGCUGGCAGCUUCUGCGACUCCUACGACCCCAGCGUUCGUUCCAUAGCGUCGCAGGGUCCCUGAGACCGCUGGCCGCCGAGCUCCUCGCAUCCCGCCGGGGUAAUGGGCGGCCACACUCCGCUCUUCUCGCCGUCCUCACUCCUCGCUGCAUCAGUACAUCUGCCACCCUCUUUGCAGAAGCCCAGGUCCAGGCACCUCCUGUUGUUCCUGCUCCCUCCAUCCCUGCUGCGGUACCAGAGGUAGCUUCUGGAGGAGCUGCAGAUGUAAUCCAGUGUGCUACAGAACCGAGCUUCACAGAGCUGGGGCUUGGCUCUUACACCCCGGUGGGACUCAUCCAGAAUCUCCUGGAAUAUAUACAUGUCGACCUGGGCCUGCCUUGGUGGGGGGCCAUUGCCACAUGUACUGUCCUUGCCCGAUGCCUCGUUUUUCCUCUCAUUGUGAAGGGCCAGCGAGAAGCAGCCAAGAUCCACAACCACAUGCCAGAGAUGCAGAAGUUUUCCACUCGAAUCAGAGAGGCCAAGUUGUCCGGAGACCAGGCUGAGUUUUACAAGGCCACCAUAGAGAUGACACGCUAUCAGAAAAAGCAUGAUAUUAAACUCUUAAGACCGCUCAUCCUACCUCUCACUCAGGCCCCCGUCUUCAUCUCCUUCUUUAUUGCUUUGAGAGAGAUGGCCAACCUGCCUGUGCCCAGCCUCCAGACAGGUGGGCUCUGGUGGUUCCAAGAUCUCACCGUGUCUGAUCCCAUCUACGUCUUGCCACUGGUAGUCACUGCCACAAUGUGGUGUGUCCUUGAGCUAGGUGCUGAGACAGGGGUGCAGAGCAGUGACCUUCAGUUCAUGAGGAACAUUAUCAGGGUAAUGCCCCUAGUGGUCUUGCCUGUGACCAUCCACUUCCCCUCGGCAGUGUUCAUGUACUGGCUGUCCUCCAACAUGUUCUCCCUGUGCCAAGUAGCCUGCCUCCGAAUUCCAGCUGUGCGCACAGUGCUUAAGAUCCCCCAGCGAGUUGUACACGACCCUGACAAAUUGCCUCCUAGGGAAGGCUUCUUGAAGAGCUUCAAAAAAGGCUGGAAGAAUGCUGAAAUUGCACAUCAGCUCCGAGAGCGGGAACAGCGAAUGCAGAAACACUUGGACCUAGCUGCCAGAGGUCCCUUACGACAGACUUUUACCCACAAUCCUCUGCUGCAGCAUGAUCCAAAUCAACCCCCCAAAGCCCCCAACAGCAGCAACAGCAGCAAAGCAAACACAAAGAAGCCUUGGCAAGACACACUCGGCUGACGUGCUCUGUGCUCACUGGGACGAGACCCCUGCCUCUGCGGACCCCUCCACACAGACUUGAUGCUAGGUCCUUGCCCCAGCCCUGAGGACUGCAGCAUUUGGAGGUGUUCAUUUUAAAAGUUGUUUCCACUGCAGACUCUUACUUGUGUGUAUUAAAAGAGCCCUGGAGAGCCAAGCGACCUCCCAUCCACAGAGCUAGUAAACCUCUGUCUUGUCUGGGCUUCUUGAUGUUAGUUAAAUAUGGAAGGGGGUUGUGCUUCUGAACACUGCGGGGUGGGAAAUGGUUUCCCACACUAGCCCUUGCUCCCAGGAAGGAUCUUCAUGGUUUAUCCCAGUCUUCACAGCUCAGACCUCUACCUCACACACUGCAUCUCCAUCGAGUUUGCAUUCUUGAGGUGCAUGGGCAAGACUGUAUGACAGCCGCCUCUGUGGUGCUGGGCAUUGAUCCUAUAUCUCCAGCCCUGACCAUGUUUCUUGACCCCCCCCCCAUGAUUACUUUUGCAAUUUCCUUAAGAAGCAGAUAUGCUGAAAUUCUUAGUCAUGAUUUAGAAGAAUGAAGGGAGUCUAGGGAAAAAUGGGUCAGCAAAUAAGAGUUCAAAUCCCCUGCAGUCAUGCGGAAAGCUGAGCAUGGCCCUGCUCUUAUGCUGUGACACCAGUGUUGUGGGGUGUGGAGACAGGAGGACCACUUGGCUUGCUGGCCAUCAGCUUAUUAGCUCCAGGGUCAGUGAGAUCCGGUCUCUGGGUAUAAAGGUGGACAUGACAGAGCACGGCGCCUGACACCCUCCUCUGUCCUCUGCACAGUCGCCAUACUUUAAGAAGAAGCUGAAGUGUUUAUGCACUAGCUUUUUCCAUCCGUGACAUUUUAGUGCAACAGUUGUGUUGUAUUUGUAGAAAUCGGUUCUACUGCCAUUGGCAGCUGGCUUCAGAGGGAGAAAUUGAAUCUUUUAAUUUCCAUGUUUGUCUGAACUGCAUAAAUACCCCAGAGUCACUAAGUAGAAUAAAUCCACUCAGACCUUAGGAACAUAA